AUGCGAACAUCAUCGAGUCCGCGAGUUUUCCAAAUUGUCAUUUAAUUUCUAUUGUUUUACAUAGUUUAUACAAUUGAAAGACAUUUAUUGAACUGUUAAGCCUGAUAUUUAUUUAAAUUCAACCACAUAAACACAUGUUUUAUUUAUCCAUGACGUGAAAAUCAAUGACUAUUCGUCACUUCCGGGUUGUGCCCAUAACACUUUCAACUUGACAGCACGGAUUUUAGCAGUUUAAAAAUGUGAUUAUAAUAACAGAAUUUGAUUAUAUUUAACAGUUGACAUUACAUAGUGACGCUUUUUCCAAUCGGAAAUUUCAUUUAAUCAAAGGAGGAUGACAGCUAAUGUGACUAGCGAUGUUACGUCUCCAUCCAUCAUGUCCAACAGCAGCGGUGUAGUAAGCAGCCCUAGCCCCAUGUCCAACUCCACCCCUGUCCCCAUCAGCGGCAAUGGGACAGAGUUACAGCCUCUUAUUUUCCUUCAAACAAAGGCUGCCCAGGGCAUUGCAGGCACAUUUGCCAUUGCAGCCAUCAUUAUAACAUGCCAUCAGAUCUACCUCCACCUGCGUUACUACACGUGCCCGAACGAACAGCGCUGGAUCAUCCGCAUCCUGUUCAUCGUUCCCAUCUACAGCUUCACCUCCUUUCUCAGCCUCCUGUUCUUCAGUAAUGACAACUACUAUGUCUACUUUGACUCCGUCAGGGACUGCUAUGAGGCUUUUGUAAUCUACAAUUUCCUGAGUCUGUGCUAUGAAUACCUUGGAGGGGAGAGCUCCAUUAUGUCGGAGAUACGGGGGAAACCCAUCAAGUCAAGUUUUCUGUGGUGCACAUGUUGUCUGGCAGGCAGGCAGUACACCAUUGGCUUUCUGAGAUUCUGUAAACAGGCGACACUGCAGUUUUGCCUGGUGAAGCCGCUGAUGGCUGUCAUCACCCUCAUCCUGCAGGCAUUCAACCUCUAUCAGGAUGGGAACUUUGCUGCAGACAGUGGUUACCUGUAUAUCACGAUCAUCUACAACAUCUCUGUAAGCCUGGCGCUGUAUGCCUUGUUCCUGUUCUACUUUGGGACACGCGAGCUGCUCUCGCCGUAUGAGCCCGUCUGGAAGUUUCUCACCGUCAAGUCUGUCAUCUUCCUCUCCUUCUGGCAAGGAGUGUUGCUGGCUAUACUUGAGCAUGCUGGGGCUAUCAGCCCCAUCUAUUCCAAAGAAGGCGACCAGACAACUGGAGUGGGAACUGUGUCUGCAGGGUACCAGAACUUCUUUGUGUGUAUUGAGAUGUUCUGUGCGUCUAUAGCCCUGCGAUUUGCGUUUCCACACUCUGUGUACAGUUCAAGUCCCACAAACGCGACAGGUCGCACAGUUUCACUCCAGAGCAUCUCAUCAAGCCUGAAGGAGACGAUGAACCCGCGGGACAUAAUGCAGGAUGCCAUCCACAACUUCCACCCCAACUACCAGCAGUACACGCAGCAGGGGAGUAAGGUACCGCAGGAUGAGGAGCACUAUGAUUCCAGUGGAGGUGGGAGCUCAGGCAGGUGGUCAUACGACCAGUACCAGUCACGGGGUCGCAGCCCGCACCAGAACGGGGCGGCCACCAGCGAGCCCCCUCCCAACCGCCAGGAGAGGGCCCAAGGUGAUGGGGACGCGGUGAGACCACCUGCCCAGCCACGCGGCCCCUCACCCAGAGUACAGGCACCUGGAGCAACGCCCUCCAGGAGGUUUAAUGAGAAGACAACUCUGCUGAGCUCUGAUGAAGAGUUCCAGUGAGGGUCGACUGUUCAUGGACUGAAAUCAUUGUAUUCACUGUUGGACAGCGCUUUUUGCAAGAUCUGAUAACAAAAUGGGACCAAAGUUUUGUGUUAUGGAAAGACAAUGAUAUAAGAGUUUACUGUAUUAAACAACGGAAUGUUGGAUGCCUGUUUGUCAGAUAUGGCUGCAUGUGAGGCCUGACACACAGACUUGCUGUUGUAGUGAUCUGUCUUGUCCUCUUAGUGUGUAGUACAGUAUUCUGAAAAAAUAUCAAAGGCAAUGUUGAUAUACAAUGUACAUGUAAUUCUAUUUUAAUGACUUUUCAAAAAGUAGCAAAAGGACCAACAAAACAAGUGUUCAGGGUGAAAUGCGACAGUUGAAUGACUCCGGCACAAUCAUGGCUCUAAUUUUCCCCACAUGUACUUUUUAUUUGUGAUACUUCAAACAUUUCUUUUAACCUCAAUAUAUCCUGUUGUGAAAUGGCCAAAACGAAACUGUCUUAUAAUGAAUUUUCAUUUGCAAAAGAUAUGCAAAACACUGAAAAUGUUUAAGAUAUUGUGCAAUAAAAAUCUUUUUGAGUUUCAUUCACUCAGUUUGCCUUUGUUCAAAAUUUCGAGAAAGAAUUCAAGAAAUUAUACCUGAUUAAUAAUUUAUUUAAAUUCAAAAAACGCGCUGUUUAUGGUUGUGCUUGUUGUUAGAAUUUUUUGCUAUUAAUUGAGAUAAAUGUUAUUGUAAGAAUCCAAGUUAUACCUGAUUUCUGCUAUUAUGAGUUAUGUUGUUUUCCUUAUUGAUGGGAUGUUUGAAAUGUUUUCAUGAACAAGUUAUUUUUGUAUUGGCAGUUCACAAAUCUUUGUUGUAUGUUGAUUUACCUCGGAAUUUAUUUUGUUAUGUUGUUUUUGCUGUUCAAAGUCUUUCAAAUUAUGCAUUUUAAAUAAGAUGUGUUGUUCUUCUAUAUCUAGUUUUAGGAGAAUAAUAUGAAGUACAAGCUUGGUCAUUCACCUGUUUUAUAUGUAUAGAUCUCUUAGCAUGUUAUAUUACAUGUAGCUAAUGUUAUUUUAUUAUCUUCCUGUGGUAAUAACAACAUUCAUCAAUUUUUAUCUGGCCACAUUUAAUAUAAAACUCACUACCUGUAUCUGUGAGGCAUAGCUGUUGGUAAAUAACUACAUCCUUUAUAACUUUUCGAAUAAAAGACAGCUGAGGUUUCAUCAUAACCAUGGCGCCAUCAUUGUGCAACAAUGUUAUCCUUAAGCAAACCUCAAAAAACGUUCCAAGAUUUCAUAUUACACAGGUACACAAGUUUUAAGAACAAUACCCACAUAGAUAGCAAUGCCCAUAACAUGGGCUUCAAUAAUUGUUUGACUGAAUAAAGGUGGCAAGCGCUAAUGGGGCGCUUCUAUCAUCAUGCUGGUUUUACAGGAAUAUUUUUGCAGUCCUUUGUUCUGAGCCAAGCAUUGUUUGAAAGACUCUGUACAUUUUAUGCACUUGUGAUAAGUAUUGUGUUGUUCAGUGCAUAGCUAUUUAUUUUUGACCUAUAUUUUGUGUACAUACCAAAUACUUGAAGGCACUAUAAUUAUGUAGAUUUGGAGAACAUUUUACUUCACUGUACAUAUCACCCACUUUUUCCUAGUCGAUGUAACCCUUGAUCAAACCCUAAACAUGCAUGUGUUUUUACCCAUUGUUUUUGUUGUAUUUAAAAUGUAGAUACGGUCUUACACUUAAGAAAAAAAACAACCUGCCAUCCAUCAUAACCGGACCUUCUCUGAUAAACAAACAGAUGGUCAAUUGCUUUAAUAUAGCAUAAUAGGUACACAAUUCAAUUGAAUUAAUUGAGCAAAUGUGUUUUAAAAAUCAUAUGUUAUACUGGUAUGAACAUACUUAAGGAUAGAAUGUUGUAGUGUUGUAGUUCAUCUGGGUAUGAAAAUAGUAGGUUAGUCCAAGAUAAUCUGUGGCCAUAUGUUUUUCACCCAGAGAUUCUAAAAUAUUCAAUUUUUAUAUAACAACAGAACAUGUUUUAUUACAUGUAAACUUUACAGUUUUUCCUGUUACUUUUACAUAGAAAUAUAUCAGCAAUACUUCUAUACAAUGCAGUGAGCGAAAUUAAGAAAUAUUUCAAUUGAUAUACAAAAGAUAAACUGAAAACAGUACUUUUGCAAAUCAUCAAGGUAUAUGACGAGAAUAUUAUUUGAUCAUCUUAUACAUAAUGAUGUUAGAACAAUUAUUUUCAGUAUAUGAUCUACUUACAUGACAAAUAUAGUUUUAAAUAUCGAAUCAUGAAGGUUAAACAUGACUUUAAUAUGCUAAAUGUUUACAUGACAAACUAUUAUGAUGCCUCAAUUAAUAAUCAGCAUAUAUAUUCAUCAAUAAGGUGUAGCGAAUCUUAAUUGCUUCUUGUAUAUUUUGACCCAAAACAAAUGCUUCAGAUUUAUUUGUGAAAUUAUUUGUGAAAUUAAGCAGCUGUUGUAGGUCUAACUCUAUAAUAAUGUUUAAUGUAAGUUUGUCUUAAAGGAACAUAUGUUGUACACUUAAGCAAAGAAUGAUACUCAUAAUCUAAUUUAUUAAAAUCACAUAUUUUAAAUUUAAAUUUUGUAUUUGCAUAUUUUCUUUUGAUUAUUCCAAUAACAACACUGAAAAAUAAUGCUUCAAAAUAUUUGAACAAAGUGUAAAUUUGGCUGUUUGAAUAACGGCGUCAUCAUUGACGUCACUGGUUUCAUUGAUGUCGCAUACAUUGUCUGUACUAAAACAUCAAUUGAUCAAUCAUAAAAGACAUUUUAAUGAGAUCAGAGGUAUUCUGAAGAUAUUGCGUUCAUCGGAAUAUGAAUGCAUUUUAGAGAAUAUGCAAGGAAGCACUAAAGGCGUGUAAAUUUAAGAAUUCAGCUUGUAUUAUUGCUUGUAAUAAUAUGUCAUGAUUUUUCUUUGGCGUCAGAGGGAAAAUGUGCUUGCCUAAAAUAUCUUGUCUCAUUUACUUGCUAAGUUUGAUAGCCUAGCAGCCUAUUGGAAAUGGUAUCUAUGGCUUAUCAGUUCAUAGGCAAACCUCCAGUAUAAGGGUUAUCAGUUUAUAUACUUACCUCCGGUAUCAGCUAAAUGUACUUACAUCCACUAUGUGCAAUGCUGUUGCUUGUUGGUCAUGUUUAACAGUUGUCUCAUUCCAUUAAGGCUUGUUGUUCAGCAGAAGGAGGAUACAUGUGUCUAUAUAAUUUUAGAUGUUUGUGAUCAGUCUUACUUUCAUGUACAUUGAGCCAUCAUACAACUUUAGCAAAUCAACAUUUCAGCAGUCAUUUGCUAAUGAUGUGACGUUUUAAUAUGGUCUUAUCCUGUAGAUUUUAAUGUAAAUAUCGUGUUAGCUGUAGGCCCUUUAACUUUCUAUAUCAAAUUUUCACAAUAAACAUGAUCAUACAUGAAAACUAAAGGGCCAAACCAAGUAGUCAAACAUUUAAGUAUAAACCCUGUUUCGAAGCACAAGAUAAGGAAUGUAACAACACUCAAUGAUACACAAACAUACAAACACCAUAAACAGACCACACACACAACACAUUGACGAAAUAAAGAUAAAGAUAAUACGUCUGGAGGACUGGUUUGUUUUCACUGGUGAAAGAAAAAAACUGAAAGUAACCAUUUUUUUAGGUUUAUCAUUUAAAACAAUUGUUGAAUCUCAGUUAAAGUCACAAUCAAUGACCGAUCUCUAUGAAAUGUGAAGUUAUUACUCAACCCCGGUACUGUCAUUUAUGACCAUGGCCCACCAGGUAAUGAAUUUAAUCUUCAUGCUAUGUUUCAUGACCAUUUUAUGGCAGUUGGUUUACAAUUACAAGACUGCUGCUUAAAUUAAGUGUAUUUUCUGUAUGGAAAAUAUUGUGACUUACAGAUAUAAAUUAGUUGUAUUCAAAACAAAAGACAACAGUUUGGUUACGAUAGUUUUGGAAGGUUAAUUUUUUUCAUUAUAAUGCCAUUAAAUUGAUUUAAAAAAAGUUUGCAUGAAAUCAUAAUUAUGUAUGAAAAGUGUUUGCUUUUUAUUCUGUUAGUUCAGAAUUUACUGUCAAAGACUUGUUUUAUUUGAGAUUGACCCUGUGUCCCAACCCUUUACAUGUAUACUGUGCUGACAUUUGUCAACUGUGUGUCACACAUAUUUAUAUAUAGUAGUAUGUGCAUGUGCCAAUGAAAACAUUCAGUUUCAUGUUGAUCGUAAAUAAAAUAUUUCUUUUA